AUGGCCGUGCCCGCAGCGUCUAGUCGCGCAGACGAAGUGCGAAAUCUUCUGAGCGCCGUCGAAGACCUUCUUAUCCCUUUUAUCCGCUCCGCAGACGAAGACUCCCUGAACAAAGUGCAGCAGUUGAAAAAUGGCGUGAACGGAUCCAAUGGCUUGAACGGAGACCACCAGCACCCGAGUACCUCGUUGGUCGACUACAAGAAGCCCGACGAAUUGCAAAAGAUUCUCCAAUUACAGCUUCCAGAGCAAGGUACGGGGCAGAAUGGCUUGGUCGAAGUUCUCCAGAAGGUCCUGCGCUACUCCGUCAACACCUGGCACCAGGGUUUUCUCGACAAGCUGUAUGCCUCGACCAAUGCCCCAGGAGUCGCCUCGGAGCUGAUCCUGGCGGCUCUGAACACAAACGUUCACGUGUAUCAGGUGUCGCCGGCCUUGACGGUGAUCGAGAAGUAUACCGGACGGCAGCUGGCCGAGCUCUUCGGGCUGAACGGCCCUCGAGCCGGGGGUAUUUCGGUGCAGGGCGGUUCCGCGUCCAACACGACGUCGAUCGUCAUUGCGCGCAACAACCUAUUCCCAAGCACGAAAAAGGAUGGAAACGGCGAUUACCGGUUCGUACUGUUCACCAGCGCCCACGGUCACUACAGUAUCGAGAAGGCGGCGCAGAUGUUGGGUCUUGGAAGCAGCUCGGUCUGGUCGGUUCCCGUGGACAAGCAGGGCCGGAUGAUUGCGUCCGAACUGGAAAAACUGGUUCAGAAGGCGCUGAAGGAGAGUCGGACGCCAUUCUACGUCAACGCGACUGCCGGAUCGACCGUCAUGGGGUCCUUCGACCCCUUCAACGAGAUUGCCGCCAUCUGUAAGCGAUACAACCUCUGGUUCCACGUCGACGGCUCCUGGGGUGGCUCGUUUGCCUUCUCCAAGCGGCAGAGGGAGAAGCUCGCCGGCGCCGAAAAGGCCGACAGUAUUGCCAUCAACCCGCACAAGAUGCUCGGGGUCCCCGUCACCUGUUCCUUCCUGCUAGCCGCCGACCUACGACGAUUCCACCGCGCCAACACCCUCCCCGCCGGAUACCUAUUCCACAACGAAGACACCGAACCAUCCGACGAGGACCCAGCAGGUGAGCCGGAUUCCGAGCUGGCCGUCGACUCCCCCGAGGUGUGGGACCUGGCAGACCUGACCCUCCAGUGCGGCCGACGCGCCGACUCCCUCAAGCUCUUCCUCGGCUGGACCUACUACGGCACUGCGGGUUACGAACAGCAGAUCGACACGGCCUGCGACAUCGCCAGCUACCUGGCGACCCUAGUCGCCGAGCAUCCCGACUUUAUUCUCGUCAGCGAGAACCCGCCCCCUUGCCUGCAAGUGUGCUUCUAUUACGCGCCGGGCCGAGAGUUCGUGCAUCCGCGCGGCAUCGUCUCGAACGAGACCGAGCGUGGCAAGGCCAACAGCAAGGUCACGGAGCAGGUGACGCACGCCAUCGUCAGCCGGGGAUUCAUGGUGGACUUUGCGCCGCCCAGCGGCGACGAGGAUGCAGUCGGCAACGGGAAGUUCUUCCGCUGCGUGGUGAACGUCCAGACGACCAGGGAGACUGUCGAGGCGCUGGUGCAGGCUAUUCAGGACGUCGGUCCUGGUAUCGUCGAGCAACUGAAGAAGGCCCAGAACGGGUCGGUGCCAUCGAGGAGACCGGGUGAGAGGGGCCAUGGACCUGUGGUCCACAAUGCUUGA